GAGUUAUCAUCAACUCCCAUAGCGCCCGCAUCUGCGUCAUCAUUUAUGCCCACCGAAGUCCGAACUAGAUGGCUACUUUAUAGUGGGAGCUAAACCGAUACCCGUUGAGCGGUAAAGGUUUUUUAAUAUUUGGCCACAAUUUAGUACGUUUUGUUACGUGCGCGCUUUUUCUCGCAUAUUACGUAAAAUUCACCAUCCAUAGUUCGUGAAAGUUAAUAUUCUGUCUGUCAAAAUUUGUUUGUUUCAAGUGUUUUUUUUUCUGAAUUACAGUGAAUAAAAUGGUUAAAUAAUUACGAAUUUAAAAAUAAAACCGAUGUUUAUCCAUGAUUAAUUGUCGCCUUUUUAUAUACCACAUGCUGUGAUUAUACUAUAAGCGAAAAAUCAUCGUAUUCUGUCAACAACAUUUUCAUCCUAUUCAUCUAUUGAAAUUCUCCCGCCAAAAAUGAAGGCAUGGAUGCUACUACUAGGAAUUCUACUUCAUGAAUCUGCAGCAGUUGUGAAUAACAAAAAUAAUGCAGGAGUUAUUCGACGAGAAGCUCCCAUACUGACUAACGCAUAUGGUGCUCCAGUAUCUUUGGAUAAUGCUGAUACUCCUCCCAAUAACUUUCAAUCAAAAGACAAUUACGAGUCGAGAGUCUCUGAUUUUGAGGCAACAACUCCAGUUUUCCCUUUAAGUGCACCUUCUUAUGAUUAUAGCCCACCUGGCUUGGCACCACCGCAAGGAGGUGACAGCUACAAUGCAAGAAUCUCUGAUUUUGAAGCUACUACUCCAGUUUUUCCUCUAAGUGCACCAUCUUUUGAUUACAGUGUACCUGGCUUAGCACCCCCAGAGAGCAAUGAAAUUCUCACCAAACAAUCUGGGUUUGGAUAUGAAAGACCUCCUACCAAUCCAUCUCCUUCCUAUGGUCCACCUCCUUCAGUAUAUGGUCCACCAAGUAAUACUUAUCUUCCACCAAGCAAUUCUUAUCUUCCUCCAAGUAAUAGCUACCUUCCACCCCCAAAACCAACUUAUGGUCCACCCCCACCAAAACCUUCUUAUUUGCCACCACCACCUCCCCCUAGACCAGUGUAUGGUCCUCCUAAACCAACAUAUGGCCCUCCUCCACCACCACCAAAACCAACAUACGGACCUCCUCCAAAACCUGCAUAUGGUCCACCACCAUUUGAGUACUCCCCACCAAAACCACAAUAUGGUCCUCCAAAACCUCAAUAUGGUCCUCCAAAACCAAACUAUGGACCUCCAUCUUACCCAUCUAAACCACCAAGCCCACAAUAUGGACCACCACAGAAACCACCUUCAUCUUUGUCAUUAAAUCCAGAUUUGCUCUCUCUGAAAUAUGGAUCAAACACAAAAAGUGAGAGUAGUUCAUCUUCAAAAUUCUCUUUCUACAAUAACUUGAAGAGUAGCUUAUACUCGUUGCUUGGAAAUCAUCACCAAUCAUCGGGUUCAUCUAGUAUUCAUUCACCACCCACACCCCCAGUUAUCAGCUAUGAUGGAUGGAAACCUUUGAAGGGGGCAGAAUUAGCAUCUUUUAUUGGAGCUUACCCUCAAGUACAGACAUCUUAUUACGAACAACAAUUUACAGUACCACAGAAUUCAUAUCAAGCUUCCAAUGAAUAUUACUCUCAUCCCCAUUCUCCACUUUCUGUGAACCAGAUCCCUAGUGCUAGUUAUGACGUACCAUUUGAUUUUAUAAAAUCUUUCUCAAAUUUAGCAUUGACAAAUUAUGAUAAUGGAUUCUCCAAUGUUAACUCAUUCCCAAAUCCUCAAGUUGUUAACUCAUUCCCAAAUCCACAAGUUGUUAACUCAUUCCCAAAUCCUCAAGUACACUGUGAUGAUCAUUCCUCUUUCUCUCAGUUUGGUAGCUCAUUAUCCUCAGAUAAUGGAGUGCUAAAAGAUAGUUACACUGUAUCAAGUUAUCCAACCCAGCAAAUUGGUUUAGCCUAUGGAGUUCCUUCAGGAAAACAAAUAGAGGGACCAAAAUUACAGCCUAAAAAACCCAUCAAGUUUAGAGCUCCAGUGCCAUCAGGUUUAUUGCAAUCUGUAGGAAAAGAUGGCAAUGACUACAGAGGAUCAGAAUUUAGAGGUCAGACUUAUAUCCCACCUGCCAUUCCAGAAGUAUCUAAACCUGAUGAUACAUCUGCAGGUGAUUCCUCCAGUUAUUCUGAUAAUUACCAACAAAAUGAUGGUUCAUAUGACUCUUACUCUGCAAAACAGUCUUCCAAAGACACUACAUUCAAUGGAGAUUCCAAUUCAUAUGACAACAGCUUAAAGUUUAACAAUCCAUCACCUAAUAUCCAAUAUUCUCAAAACACAGGAUAUGAGGCACCAGUUGAGAGCUCUUCUUUCAAUCAAGCUCCACAACAAUCAUUCAAUGUGCCUUCAUCAUUUGGUUCUGAUGGAUAUGCUACCUCAAAUCCAGAAUUACAAUCACUUCUGAGCUCAUUAGGAGAUAAAGCACCUUCUAUCACUCCUUCACAUUCUGUUGAAUUGCCCACCAUUAGCAGCAACAAUCUCCAUGGUACUGGAUAUGACCAAAACCAGUUUGAAUUCCAACUGCAGUCCUCAAAUGGAGUAUCUGGAUUGUCCAAUGAAAGAGUUUUAUCUCAAGACUUGUUGCAAAACGUAUUAUCAGCAAUUGAACAACAAAAUAAACACUCCUCAUCUAGCAGUUCUUAUGAACAUUCCGACAGUAUACAAACUGCAGGCUCAGAAAAUGUUCCCAAAUUAGAAAAAGUUGAAGAAUCAAGUAAACAAAACAGUGCACUGCCUAGUGAAAAAGAACAGAAUCCAAAUAAUGCAGAUAAUAGCUAUUCUGGUCAAGUGUGAUGAUAAUUAUUUGCCAUUUUCAUCUAUUGAAAAUAUUACCUACUUGUAAUUAUUAGACAUUAACUAUUCAAAAUUAUUUUGUUUCAUUUUUGGAAAUGAAUUUGUGAUUAUACAAAUAGUUUGAUUUAAAAAGCACCCUCAAUAGGUACCUAUAGAUUAAUGACCUAGGAAAGGUGGAAUAAAUAAUACUUUUUUAUCAAGUGCCAUGAUACAAUUUAAUUUAGGCGUCUAUCGAAUUAUGUUGAUUAUGAAUGAGUGUAAGUGCUAUGUUACUUUUAUUUAAUGAGAAAACUCCCAUUUCAGCUUAAAAUUCCAAAAAUUUUGAUUUGUAUUAUUUAUUCUACAUUGAGAAUUAGACAUUCAAUAAUAAAUGAGGCAAAUCUCUAGUCAAAAUAUUUCAACACUGAAUGUGUAAAGGAUAGAUAAUGGAUAUAGGUACUUAUUGAGGUAGAUAGACAUAAUUCCAGCGACGACAAGGUCCUUGCUUCAAUUAUGCAAGUAGAUAUCUUUUUAAGCAUUUUCUUGAAGAUUUCUUAACCCUAUGAUGUUUUUAUAAUUGAAUUAAAGUUACAUUUUAGAAUGAAGUUUGGUUUUACAAACAUAUGUAAAAGAGAAGACAAAAUCUAUCAUUUAUUUUUUAUUUUUAAUGAAAUCUUCAUGGUACCUAAUUAAAAUUACAUGCAGAGUCUACAUAAUAAGUAUAUUUAUGUUCUUAAAUGGCAUGUACUGCUAAAUAGAAAUAAAAUGAUGAUGAAUUUUGUAAUACCUACCAACUUGCAUUUGAUCCCCAAUUUAUAUGUACUAUACCUAUACCUACUAAUGAAAUUAUUCUCUAUCUCCAUCUAUCCACCUGUACUUAUGCUUACCUACCCAAUCAUUUAUUUAUUUUUUUAAAAUGAUGAAUUGUGCCAUUAUUUUGAAUAUUGUGCAAAGAAUUGUGUCAAGAUACACAGAUACUUGCAAUGCAGUUCUUGACACAUUAGUUAAUCUCUUGUCUUUUCUUUUAAGUAAAAAUAUCAAUUAUGUACAAACACUUAUGUAAAUAUAAGUAGGUAUGUACUUCUUUCAUCAUUAUAUAUUUUUUAUUAUUUUUUAACAGUUGAGUACAUUGAGUAAAUUAUUCAUCAAGUACUUGAUGAUUUGAAAUGUAUAGCUUCCGUUUGUAAAUUAAUGUGGAACUCAAUGAUUACUUACCUAUUGUGAGAAUCUCCGUUUCAACUACUACCUACAUAUUUAUUUUUGGAUGUACUUUUUUUUUACAUUCCCCAUAAUGUCCCUCAUUUAUGUGGUCAAUUUAAUACACUGUUACGUGAAUUACGAGUACUUUAUAAAAAUAUAAAUAUCCAUACCAUA